AUGAAAUCGGUUCCCCAUGAUCCCACAUUCAUCACUUCCAACAAUCUUGCUAUCACGUACUCUACUCCUUUCACUUUUCUUGAUUUCAUCAAUGGCGGCUAUGGUGGACCCCGCGGUUCAUUUUCUGGUGGCCGUCGAGGUGGUUACAGCAAUGGAGAUGCUGGGGAAGGAGACCGAGACCGCACUCGUAGGCCUCUCGAGCGCCGCAGUAGAACUGGCCGUGGAACUGAAAUGAAACGAGAAGGGUCAGGCCGGGGAAACUGGGGAAUGCAUACUGAUGAAUUGGCACAAGUGACUGAGGAAGUUGGUAAUGAAGAUGAGAAAAAUCUGAGUGUGGAGAAGCCCUUGGGAGAGGAAGAUGCUGCUGAAAAUGUAGAAAAGGAAGGUACUAAAGAGGAAAAUGAAGAGAAGCCUGAGGAUAAGUGGUGA